UAUUCAGAUAAAAAGAGCAAGCAUAGGACGAAGAGCAGUCAUAAAAAAGCCCUCGCGCAGCAGAAGAAGCACAAAAAAGACAAACAUGGAUCGAAGAAACACCCAAAGAAAGCAUUAGGAGGAGGAUCCUCCAAAGGAUCUAAGAAAGGAUCUAAAAAAGGAUCUGUGAAAGGAUCCAAGAAAGGAUCUUCUAAGGGAUCCAAGAAAGGCUCGUCGAAGGGAUCCAAGAAGGGAUCUUCUUUGGGAUCUAAGAAAGGAUUAGCCGUACAGCGAACGUCCAGUAAGCAUGGAAAGCGCGACGGCUCAGCUAAGCUAUCUGGAACAUUAAGCAAACAAAAGCGAAGACCGUCUAAGCCAUCGAAAAAAUCUUCCAAAACUAAAAAACAUCACAGAAAGGAGGGAAAGUCUAGCAAAAAAUCGUCAAAGAAGGGAAGCCGAAAACAUAAGACAUCAUCGAAAAAAACGAAGGACAAACAUCGCAAGAAGGAGGCGAAGGAGAAACAUCGGCACAAAAAGAAGGGUAAAAAGAAGCGUGAGAAGAUUGCCAAACCGUAA